AUGCAGGAAACCAGGACACAGCCCCUACCAUUAACUGGAUGGUGCACAUUUGACAUGAGCUGGUCAGAAAAUUAUGGAUUCCACAAGGAGCCUCUGGGCCUGAGGCAGGGCAGGACUGCUAUAAAAGGCAGCCCAAGUCUCUGCUCUCUCACUCACUUCUCUCACCUCCUCCUCCUCAGGAAUCAGGUGCAACUGUCACCCCGAGCCAUGUCCUGCUGCAAGUCCUGUGACCCUUGCUGCCAGCCCUGUGGCCCCUGCCCGCUGGCCAGCAGCUGCAAUGAGUGCUGUGUCAGGCAGUGCCAGAGCUCCCACGUUGUCAUUCAGCCACCUGCUGUGCUGGUGACCCUGCCUGGCCCCAUCCUCAGCUCCUCCCCACAGAACACCGCCGUGGGAUCCUCCACCUCUGCUGCUGUUGGCAGCAUCCUCAGCUCUGAGGGAGUGCCCAUCAGCUCUGGGGGCUUUGACAUCUCCUGCAUCACCAACUGCUAUGGCAGCAGUUGUUGUCGUCCCUGCUAAAUCUGCUGGCAACCUCCUUGGGCAAGAACCUCCAAGAUCUCUGAUCAUGGUGCUGGAAUGAAAAUGGAGUUUUUGGAACAUUACAUUUAUGCUGUUAGCUUACUGUUUCCUUUACCACUCUCUUCCCUUUCUCUCACCUUCUUUUAUUGUCAGCACUUAAUGCCAGCCUAGUGGACCUUUUUUCCACCCUCCCUCCCUCUGCAGGCCAAGCAGACAGACACUCUCAUUGCAUCAUAGUGCCUGCCCCUUCUGCUCCCUGUGAAUUUCCACCUUUUCUUCCUUAGGCUCAAUAAAGUUUUUUUGCAUCCAA